AUGCCCGCGGAUAUGGACCCAAGCUCGGUUCACCUGGCGGUGGAGAUGCUGGAACGGCUAUACGACGUGCCACUGGUCGCGCCCCGCGUCUGCCUUAGAGCAGCUCGGCUGCGCCGCCACCUCGGCGCCGCGACCGCUGACCGCGGAGGUUCUCAGCAGCUGCAGGCAGCAGGCGGACUCAACACAGCAGCCCUGGAGCCGGUGCCACAUCCCUUGCAGCAGCAGCAGCAGCAGCAGGAGGAGGAGGAGGAGGAAAAGUUGCAGCAGUACCAGCAGCCGAGGCAGGGAGUAUCAGGUCCAGACACGCAAGUCAUGUGGGACGGGUCAAGUAGGGAGGAGGAUGCACUGGAUGUGGAGGCAGAGGACAACGAGGCAGGAGGAGGUCCUAGCCGCAGGGAAGUGGAGGGGGAGGGGGAGGGGGAGGGGGAGGGAGAAAUAUCGUCGCCAUCAUCGUCAUCGUCAUCGUCAUCGUCGCCAGGGCGGAUUGUGACCACCGACCCACGGGACUUCCCCUCACUGCCACCUCACCGCCUGGCAACCCUCUUGCUGGACUGCGCGUCCAAUAAGGUGCCACUGCGCGUCUCUGUCGUACAGCACAACGAGCGCCCCUCACAACCGGCUGCAGAUGCCGCCGCAGUGGUACCGGCCCCUGGGGCGCUGGGAACGAGGCCAGCAAUCCGCCGCAUCAAUCGCACCAGCAGUAGCACCAGCAGUAGCAUCACCGAGCCCGGUGAGGGCUCGGCCGAUGGCACACUGAGGAUAGCGUCUCUUGAUCCGGCCCGGCUCGUCCAGCUGGUAGAUCUGCUCGUCAAAUUGGACGUACGGCCACCGGCGGGCUGGUUGGACAGCUUUCUAGAAUGCUCGUCCCGGGUGGUCUCAAGGCUGCACGGCACGGACCUCGUACGUCUGCUGGACCUUCUGGUGGCACUGGCAACAGCGCCGGCGGCGGCAUGGUGGGAUGCCGUACUUGAUACCUGGCCACCGGCGGGGCGCUCCCGUCUGCCGACUGCAUUGUCGAAAGGGGGGGAUGCCGUACAGCAGCCAUCAUCCAUUGAGGUUAGGUGCGCCAUCAUGUACGGCAUUCUAAGGCUGGGCUCGCUACGGCCGGCUGGUGCGCUACUGCCAGCGCGCCUUCGUAGCUGGGCCUUGGCGACAAUGUACGACAUUGCUCGGGCGGUGCUGGUUUCGGGGCAGCUUGCCGCUGCUGUGACUGCGCUGGAUGGCGGGGCUGACGGCGUUUCAGCUGCAGGGACUGUACGGCUCAGCGCGUCGGCGGUUUCCCCGGAUGCACCAUCACCUCCUCCACCUCCACCCCAUGCAAUCGCCCAGGCCUUGGCCUCCCUACCCGCGGUCCUACCCCAGAGCUCGCGGUGGGCCUCUACCCCCUCAGAAGGCGGGUGUGGUGUGCUGGCGGUGCUGGUGGCCGCGCUGGAGCCCCAGCUGCAGCAGCUGGGCCCCGAGCUGCUGGUGGAACUCUUAAGAGGUCUGGCCGCCUCCCGGCUCCACCCGGGUCCCCGCUUCCUACUGCUGCACGCCAUGGUACUCAAGGGCCGGGCUGCACAGCGAGAGCUCUCACCAUUGCAACUGCUGACGGCGGCCAAGUGCUAUACCAAGCUGGGCCUGGCUGUCCGAGGUAGUGACAGGGUAUCAGUAGCUGGUGGGGACCGCGUGUGA